AUGCAUUCGCUUCUGCUUCUCGGGCUCCUGGGAGCUUCUCAGGUGGCGGCUCAUCCCACUGCGCGCCAAGACGAGUCGGGUCUCCGGCGUCGGACUGUGAAUCUCGAUGCCUUUCGCCUUCAGGCAACGGCCGAGUACGUCAAUGCAACCGAGACCACGGACUCGGGGGCUUCCUCACUAGCCAAGCGUGACACUUAUGUGGACACUGCCGUGGCCUUUGUGAAGAGCAUUGCACCCAAUGCCGAGUUCCGCGUCGUGGAUGAUCAUUAUGUCGGCGCAAAUGGCAUUGCUCAUGUCAACCUCAAGCAGACUGCGCAUGGUCUCGAUAUCGACAAUGCCGAUUUCAACGUCAAUGUUGCCUCUGACGGAACUGUCUUCUCCUACGGGAACAACUUCUUCACUGGAAGUAUCCCUACCGAGAACCCUUUGAGCAAGCGCGACUUUAAGGACCCGGUCGCCGCUCUGACCGGUGCCAUCAACGUUCUGCAGCUUCCGCUCACAGGCAACGGCGCCACUGCCGAGCCGAGCGGCGGCAAGACCGAGACGUAUGCGCUCAAGGGCACGACCGGUGCCGUUUCGGAUCCUGAGGCGCGCCUGGUCUACCUCGUCAAGAGCGACGGCAACCUCGCUCUGACGUGGAGAGUUGAGACCGACAUCGUGGACAACUGGCUGUUGACCUACGUCGAUGCCGCGUCGAAGGAGGAGGUCCACGGAGUAGUCGACUACGUGUCGCAUGCUACAUCGGCCACUUACCUUGUCUACCCCUGGGGCGUCAAUGAUCCCACUGAGGGAUCCCGGGUGUCCGUGACCGACCCAUGGGUCCUUGCCGACUCCCCGUUCACCUGGAUCGGCGACGGAUCAGCCGAGUACGACACAACCCGCGGAAACAACGGCAUCGCCCAGGAAAACCCCACGGGCAGCUCGAGCUACUUGAACAACUACCGCCCGGUCUCGACGGCUCACAACUUUUCCUACCCGUACACCACCAGCAUGUCUCCCCCCAGCAGCUACCGGGAUGCCUCGAUCGUCCAGCUCUUCUACACUGCCAACGAGUACCACGACCUGCUGUACGAGCUCGGUUUCAACGAGGCUGCCGGAAACUUUGAGGUUAACAAUAACGGCAAAGGUGGCCGGGGCAACGAUUUCGUCGUCCUAAACUCCCAAGACGGCGCAGGCACCAACAACGCCGACUUCUCGACGCCCCCCGACGGACAGGUAGGCCGCAUGCGCAUGUUCGUCUGGACUUUGAGCACUCCCCAAAGGGACGGCGCUUUUGAAGCAGGCAUUGUCAUCCACGAGUAUACCCAUGGCCUGUCGACCCGCCUGACUGGUGGACCUGCCAACAGCAACUGCCUGAACGCUCUGGAGUCUGGAGGCAUGGGAGAAGGGUGGGGUGACUUCAUGGCCACCGCCGUGAGGCUCAAGGCGUCAGACACCAAGUCCAAGGACUACACCAUGGGCGCCUGGGCCGCCAACAAGCCCAACGGCAUCCGAGCCUACCCGUACUCGACCUCGCUGACGACCAACCCCUACACGUACACCAGCGUCAACGGCAUGAGCGAGGUGCACAGCAUCGGCACCGUCUGGGCGACCAUGCUCUACGAGGUCCUCUGGGGCCUGAUCGACAAGUACGGGUUGACCAGCGCCUCAAAGCCCACCUUCUCCAACGGCGUCCCCACCGACGGCAGGUAUCUGGCCAUGAAGCUGGUGGUCGACGCCAUGGCUCUGGAGCCCGCGCUGACCGGGAUUGAAUGUAGUCAACCCUGCAACCCCAACUUUGUGCAGGCCCGUGACGCCAUCCUCGACGCCGACAAGGCGCUUACUGGGGGCAAGAACCAGUGCGAGCUCUGGACUGCUUUCGCCAAGCGUGGGCUGGGAUCCGGUGCCAGGUACAACUCGUCGAGGAGGACUGGCAGCACGACCAUUCCUUCGGAUAACUUCGAGAGUGGCUGCAAGAAGACUACUCACUACAUUGAGCAAGAAUCAACCAGCGAGCCCGUCGCCCAGCAUGGCAUCAAUCAGCUGGCAGUGCCGCACGGCGUUGGUCUCGCUCCACUCGUUGUCGUAGUUGAGCCCGUACGGCCAGAUGUGCCCGCCGCCGCAGUUGAUCUUGGCCGAGGCCCCGUCCCACGACCGCAGCAGCCGCGUGGCGGCGGGCCAGUCGCCGGCCGCGCACCGCCGGUCGAACGCCGCCGUCUGCCCGACGCCGAGCGUGUGCGAGAUCUCGUGCAGCGCCGUGCGCUCGCUCAUGUACGACCGGUUCGAGCCGAAGCGGAUGUUGCCGCUGAAGCUGCCGUCGGCCGUCUGCACGCCGGGCACGUACUGCACCGUGAUGGACUUGCGCGGCCGCGUGGUCAGCCGGUUGUACCGCGCCACGGCGAGGUUCAUGGCCGACUCGAUCUUGGCGUAGGCGUCGGCCUGGUCGGCCGUCGGGUUGGACACGCGCUGCAGGGUCCAGGUCAGGGCGGCCGAGGCGAGGGCCGCGUAGGAGGCCCAGACGAGGGCGAGGAGGUGGAAGCGCAUCGUGGGCGGGCGGACGGACGGACGGAGAUUGGGGGCUAG